AUGGCCAGUAAUAGUAUCUUAGACGACGUUUGGGAGUCGGAUUCUGAUAGCCAGCGGAAUCAGAUAUCUUAUGACUUAAAGAAGCUCCGAGAGAACCACGUUAAGAGUGGCUUUUUAGAUGGUAUAACGCAUGCGAAGGAAACUAAUCUACAGGAAGGAUUUGAUGAGGGCUUCCCCAGCGGAGCCCUGCUGGGGAAGCGAGUUGGGAUGCUCGUGGGCCUGUUACAAUGUCUUGCUCAGCGAUACGGCGAUCAGGACGAAUCAUUAGCGCAAGACUUUAAUGCAAUUCAGAAAGAGCUUCGGAUCAAUAAGGUUUUAACCAAAGGCAUCUUCGACCAGGAUUUGAAUCUCACGGGAGAGCAUCCACUGCUCGCAAAAUGGAAGCCGAUCGUGAGGUCGCAUUGUGAUAAGUAUUCCGUACAUACAAGUUUUUAG